UAAGAUCAACUGAAGGUGUACCCGGGGGUCCGGGUGAAGAUCACGGUCAAGGAGUUGCUGCGGAGGCACAGAGAGAAGGAGGCCAACAACAAGAAGCUUAAUGCGCAGAUACACCAGGCUUGCGUGGAACUACAGGAGCUUCGCGCAUCCACUUUCCAAAGUGGCCAUGUGGCUCCUCCUCCCUCAGUCCCCCCAGCUGAAGCCAGCAGCUGCGGGUCGCUGGCCCUCCAGCUUCGAGCCACCAUCUCGUUCCCAGUCCCUGACAGCGCGUGCAACAUCCAGAUGCAGGAGUGCGGCAUCCAGGUGCAGCAGCAGCAGCAGCAGCAGCAGUUUGGGGAUGUGAUGUUGCCCGGCAACGGAUACGGUGGUACCACCUACGACACCCCUCUGCCUCCUUUUCCAACCUCCCCUCAGCCUUGGUACCACGGACUCUCCUCAGAUGCGGACUACUACGGCCAGGGGAUGGCCCCUUGCUCCUCAUUGGAGUCACUGACUUUCUGCAACCCUGUGGAUCCCAACACUUAUUCUCCUCAGGACUCCUUCUCUUCCUCCUCCUCCUCCUCAUGCUAUGACUCGCCCACCAGAAUGGAGUCCAGCUUCAGCCCACAGCAAUACCAUUAUCAGCACUGUGGCCCCCAGGAAUAUUACGGCUUGCCGCACUGCUGGUCAGGCCAGCAGGAGAGCUCCCCCACCCCAGAAUGUGCACCUUACUUUGCCCCCACAGACUAUCCCCAGGUGUAUCCUGUAGAAGACAGCUGUUUCCAGAAGGAUUUCCCGCUGAGCUCUGAGAUGUGCUACAAUGCUUUAUGAUGAGACCGUGAACAGUAUUACUUUGUAUCCUGACUGUAAAUAUGACUUUGCUCAGUGAGGCUGUUUGCUUUGCAUUUCAGUUUGUCUGCUUUACUUUAAUCAAUUCAUUUGCAAUAAAAACUGAAUGAUAUAUUUUCAUACGCUAAUUUUUUGCUGCACAAAAUAAAAACGUGUUAAAGUCAGCACUGUGGUUGUAAUGUGCGCUUGUCUAUUGCAGAGUUUCCACUGUAAAGUCGGGAUGUUUGCUUCAGCCAGCAGGUUCAGACUUCACCCUCUGAACAUGCCCUAUAGCCACAGGUAACAAGUAAAAGUGCAAAAAUGUGGGAAGAGUGUGAAAGUAAAUAUCACAGGCUGAUAACAUGUCAGGGCUGAACUGAGCUGUAACGCAACAAAUGAAAAUGAAGGCAAGGAAUCGUAUGAGAUUUGACUUUGGCCUGCAGGGAAGUAUUUCACUGGGAGUUCAGAGAUCAAAGGAGAAAAGACAAAGCAGACUCAGUGGCUGUAGCUCAGCUAACAGAGCAGGACGUCUGCUAAUCAGAGGGUUGGUUUGGCUUUUUCAAGAGUCCUUGAACUCCAACUUGUCCCAUAAUGCACUCGCUGGAGUCGCUGUGUGUGAAUGUGAAUGAAGCUGGUAAUAAAAAAGUACUUUGACUCCUCA